AAACAGUAUCAGAGAUCACGUGCACAAAACACUAAGAACGAAAUUCCCUUUUAAACCUGCACUCCACCUUUGGCUUUUUUCGAAUUUCCACUCAACACCAUAUACUCCUUAUUCAAUUAUACCAUCCAAAAAAUUCUCAUCUACCAUAUCUAUAUUAUCUACAUCGCCGGCUUAAGUCAACACAAACACAUAUACAGGUUGCAGAAUUGUAGACGUAGAGAAUUAUAGAGGAAUCAAUGGGGAUGGUGGAUGCAGAGGCGAUUGUGAAGGAAUUAAGGGAGACGUAUUCGAGUGGGAAGACGAAGAAGUAUGAAUGGAGAGUUUCACAGUUGAAAGCUUUGUUGAAGAUCGCUGAGAAUCAUGAGAAGGAGAUUGUUGAUGCUCUUUAUUCUGAUCUCUCUAAGCCUGAACUUGAAUCCUUUAUUCACGAGAUUUCUAUGGUGAAAACAUCGUGUAAGCAUGCAUUGAAGGGACUAAAACAGUGGAUGAAGCCGGAAAAAGCCAAAGCUACAAUAACCUCGUUUCCCUCAUCAGCUGAAAUAGUUCCAGAACCCCUCGGUGUUGUAUUGGUCAUAUCAGCAUGGAACUAUCCGUUCUUGUUGUCCCUUGAUCCAGUGAUCGGAGCUAUUGCUGCUGGUAAUGCUGUAGUUCUGAAACCAUCAGAAAUAGCCCCAGCUACAUCUUCAGUGCUUGCAAAGCUUUUAGGGCAGUAUGUCGAUGUGACAGCUAUUAGAGUUGUAGAAGGUGCAGUACCCGAGACUACUGCAUUGCUGGAGCAAAAAUGGGAUAAGAUAUUUUAUACAGGAAAUGGAAAAAUUGGAAGGAUUGUGUUGGCAGCUGCUACAAAGCAUUUGACACCUGUGGUUUUGGAGCUAGGUGGAAAAUCUCCAGUUGUUGUGGAUUCAAACAUCAAUUUCAAGGUUGCAGUAAGGCGUAUUAUUUCUGGCAAGUGGGGCUGCAACAACGGACAAGCGUGUGUCGCGCCUGAUUAUAUAAUUACUGCCAAAGACAAUGUGCCAAAAUUGCUAGAUUCUAUGAAACAUGAAUUGGAGAAAUUCUAUGGGAAGGAUCCACUAAAUUCAGGAGAUCUUUCUCGCAUUGUGAAUGCUAACCACUUUCGUCGACUAUCAAAUUUAUUGGAUGAUACUAAGGUUAUCGAUAAGGUGGUUCAUGGAGGUCAGAGAGAUGAAAAUAACUUAAAGAUCGCUCCUACAAUUCUUCUGGAUGUCCCACACGAUUCCUUAAUCAUGAAGGAGGAAAUAUUUGGUCCUCUACUUCCUAUCAUCACGGUCAAUAAAGUGGAGGACUCCAUACACUUCAUUAAUGCCAGAGAAAAGCCACUUGCAGCAUAUCUGUUCACAAGCAACAAGAAACUGGAGGAGGAAUUUGUCAUGAAUAUAUCAGCAGGGGGUCUGGUUAUCAACGAUGUCACUUUACAUGUUGCAAAUUCUUCUCUUCCAUUUGGAGGAGUCGGUGAAAGUGGAAUGGGUUCAUACCAUGGUAGAUUCUCGUUUGAUACUUUCAGCCACAAGAAGGCAGUUUUGCAUCGCAAUUUUUCUGGGGAUGCACCUCAACGAUAUCCACCUUAUACGCCUAGCAAGGCGCGAUUUCUCAAAGCCCUAUUAAAUGGCGAUAUACUCGGGCUCAUUCGUGCAUUGAUUGGGUGGUAGAAGUUUCACUUAAAAUUUGAAGCUGGGAUUUCUGGUCUGAGCCAACUACUAUACUUUGUAAGCUUUCUAUUUGUUAUGAUCCUAGAAGUAGUUGAUCACAGUGUUUCCACCCUGGAGGCAUAAAUUACCUUCAUAUUUUCAAGUGGCUCCUUUUAUAAAUUUAAUAUCUCCUGACGUUAUUAUAUUAUUUGUUUUUUCUUGUAUAAAUGUUAACAUUAUCUAAUUAUUAGUAGCAAUAAAAUUUUACUUGCUAAA